CAGAUCAGUGAAAGGGAGACAGCAGAGAAGCCACCUUCUACAUUUAAGACUCAAGUUCCUCUACAGAGAAGACGUCUUGAUCCGGCACAGAUACCUGCACUCACUUCUCAUCAUGAACAUCCCAACCUUUGCCUAUAUUGGCUUCUUCAUGCUUUCUCUAGCAGUCUUCCCCUGCUUGUCCCAGAAAGCUCCCAAGAAAAAGCCCCAUGGUGCUAACGGGCUUCUGAAGAUGCCCGGCUGCUGCGAAGAGGUCAAAGAUUUAAAGGUCCAAAUCGCCAACCUGAGUAGCCUGCUGGAAGAGCUGACCAAGAAGCAGGAGACUGACUGGGUGAACGUGGUCAUGCAGGUGAUGAAGCUGGAGAGCAGCCAGAAGCAAGUGGAAAACCGCAUCACAGAUGCCGAGGAGAAGUACUCAGAGCUGAACAACCGGGUAGAAAUCCUGCAAUCCCGAGAGCAAGCGGCCCAAACGCAGACCCAAACCACAGCAGACGCCAUUUAUGACUGCUCCACCCUCUAUCAGAAGAACUACAAGAUAUCGGGGGUCUACAAGAUGCCUGCCAAUAGCUUCUUGGGGAGUCCAGAGAUGGAGGUGUAUUGUGACAUGGAGACCCAUGGAGGAGGAUGGACUCUGAUCCAAAGACGUAGAGUGGGUCUGACCUCAUUUAACAGAGACUGGAAGCAGUACCGGGAAGGCUUUGGAAACAUCCGUGGAGACUUCUGGUUAGGAAAUGAGAAUAUCUACCGACUGACUCGCAGGCCAACAGUCCUAAGAGUAGAGCUCGAGGAUUGGAAGGGACAAGUCAGAUAUGCAGAGUAUGCCCAGUUCUCCAUCGAAAACGAGCUGAACAGUUACCGUCUCUUCCUGGGAAACUACAGCGGAAACGCGGGCAGAGACUCUCUGCGCUACCACAACAACACAGCCUUCAGCACAAAGGACAAGGACAAUGACAAGUGCCUGGAUGACUGUGCCGGGCUGCGUAAAGGUGGCUACUGGUACAACUGCUGCACAGACUCAAACCUCAACGGCAUUUUCUACCGCGAUGGUGACUACAACAAGCAAACAGAUGGUAUCAGUUGGUACGGCUGGCAUGGAUCCACCUACUCUCUGAAGAGGGUGGAAAUGAAGAUACGUGCUCAGGACUUCCAGCCAUGAUAGCUUGCAGCAACCUGUUGAGCAGCCAUAGAAAACACCUCAAAAGGCACCUUUAUUCAUACCUUUUCUUGUAGAGUCUGCCCGCUCUGUGUAUAAAAGCAACUAGUUCCAUAAGGGAAGGCAGAGACCUGCAGAAUAAUGGGAGCAGAACUCUGAUUGGCAGCUCACUGAGCUGAUACCGUAAUGAUAGCAAUAAUAUGUAUUACCACCACACUCAGAGACGCAGGGUAUCCUGGGGUCUAUCAGUGACACCACAUGACACUAUUACAUCCACUUAAAAGAAGGACCUGCCAGAGAAUUGCAGAAAGACUCACACACAGCUCGGAGAUGUAUUUAUAUAGAACAACCACUAGGGGACAAGACAAUCCUAUCGAUCCCCAGUAUCGCAGACACUACCAAUCAAACCAUGAAAAGACUGUACAUAGCUCAUUCCCCGCGAUGUGAUUGGUUUAAGUUACUGUAAUGUCUAUUUUUAUUUGCUUAAUAAAACUGGAAUAAUUAUAUUGUUGGCCGAAGGGUCAAAAAUAAAGGAUUUUUUUGUAACACUUUGCUCCC